AUUUGAUCACAGGGUUUGGUACCCGGAUUAAAAUUCACGUUCACUGAGCAGGAAUUAAAUCUUAUAUCGCAUAUGAGAUUUAUUAAAUCGCAAAAUUAAAACUUUAGAAGGUUAUUCUAUUAAAGUAUAACAUUUGUUUAUAACAGUAUGAUGAUAACAAGUAGUACGUAUACAUAAUAGGAGGAGAUAUCUAUCUCACUGACAACUUUACAAGUACUAUUUUAUAACGUAGUAUUAUCAUUUAAAAUGUCAUACAUAGCACUGGUUUUUACAAAAUGGCUGUGAAGAGAAAAAAUGCUGAAAAAAAAAGCUGUAGACAUCUACGUGAAGUUAUUUUGAGGAGAUAUGCUUGAUUGUUUGCCGAAUACCAAUGAAGGUUGACAGCGAACUGGUCAGAAUGACCUCAGCUAUUGAUGGUCUUACUGUGAAAGGGGAGGCUGCACCAAAGAAUUCGUGUGGUAUUGCACCUCUCAGCGCAACAGUGCGGAUAAACAAGCCGGGAAAUCAGCUCACGCCGAUGGACAGGUCUUAUCAGUUUGUGCUGAAUCGUACGCCAGGAGCUGAAGAGCUGACCGUUACCAGCUUAAAUGGACCAUCAGUUCCAGUGCGAAAGAUGGAACACUUAAGUAGAGUGCGAACAGCAAAUUAUGGUAUGACAACGAUGGAUUCGCCUUUCGUAAUUAACGGUCAACCGGAACAAGCUCUUGUGAUCGAGAAACCACAUUUCGUUCUUUGUGGACUUCCGGUAGGCUCAAAAGAAAUAGAUCACCAUCUUUAUGUGAAUGAAACACGAGUUGGAAGCUUUAAGACUUCUGCUAAGGCUGUGUACCAAGCAAGGCGUGGACAAAGGCCUGGUAAAGCUUUGAGUGAACAGUUCUAUCCAUUUCCGGAUAAAGACAUGAUAAACUACAAUACAAAUUUGCCCGAAACUGUCGACGAGACAGGGAAAAAAUCUGUCCCGCCAAUUCCUCCAACCACACCGGUGAAUUAUGCUCAUCAUUUGGCUAGUCUAAAACCUAAGACUUCACAAGGCAUCCGAACAGAAAACGGCGUACAAAAGUUCCAUGGUUCAAUACCUAGCACUGAAUCUGAAAAAUACCAGCAUAGUGACUUGCUUAUCAGAAAUAGAAAAGUUAUGCUACAUCGCCGAGAUGAGUCAAAUGACAAUGUUGAACUACAUAGGGAACAUUCUAGCGUGUCAACAAGAUCUGGUAGAUCUGUCGAAACAGUGACGGAUUCUGUUGUCACAAACAGUUUGACAGUAACAACUGGCAAGGGAUCAAAAAUAGUGACACGCUCAGUUAGUAAAAGUGCUGGUAAAGUAAAUUACAAUAAUCCGUAUAGAAAUACUAAAUUUCGAGAAAGACUAGCGCUGAGUGGAAACAGGCGGCUGGAGUUUAACAAUAUUGAUAGUUAUUUCCAAUACCAGAAACAGCAACAUCACAAUGGUAAACAUAUAAUGACACCAAGAGCUAUUCUGAAAAUACCGAAACCAUGCUCCGAUACUUUCUUACUCCAAAUGAUGUAUGAUAUGAAUAGACCACACGCAAAAAGGCUAGCUAAAGGUUCAGCGAUCUAUUCUGACAUAGGAGUGACAAAAGACUUGGAGGAAUUUGUACAAAGUAGGACUUCAAGCUCUCUCAGUAAAACUCAAUCAAACAUUGAUAAGUAUUUAGGAAAAAGAACUCCAAAAAGUGCAAAAAGUGUUAGAAGUGCCAAGAGCCGAAAAAGCACCCGAAGUGCUAAAAGCGCUCUAGAUGCCGAUGCUAUUGAGGAGGAGGGGGACUGGGAGGAAGAGAAUAUAAGUAUUGUUGAAGACAACAAAGCGGAUCUUGAAAAACGAUAGAACUAAGACUAGUCUAUAUAAAUUAUAUGUACCAUAUUGACUUAAUGUUGUUGUUUUUUUAAAUGCUACUUAAAACAGUAGAAUUUUAUAUUUUGCACAAAACAUUAUAAAAAUCCUUUAUCUUUCAAGUGAACGGAAAAGUAAUAUUUUAUAAUGGAAUGAUAAACCCUGGAGUACAUGUCUGCGAUCAGUUAAGAAGUUUUACUUGUGUUCAAAUAGGAGAGCAAGUGGGAAUACUGUGCAAGAAUUACUCAGCUUAAAAUUAAGCAUCACAAAAUUGAGUUAUUUUAUUCAUUUAAAUUUGAUAGAAAUGUGUACACAAAAUAUAUUAAGUAUAUUAUCGUAUUUUCAUUAAGGAAAUCUUUUUGUGGCCAAUACUUUUUACUUAAAACUCGUUUUUUUUUUUUUUUUUUUUUUUUUUUUUGUCGUUUCAACAUUAUUUUAAAAUUUAUACUUUAAGACUUAAUACGCUAAGAAAUUGUGCUCUGCACACACUUCAUUACUAUACAUAAGCAACUUUUAUUUCACUUGUUUCGUUUAUUUUCAUGUUCCAUCUACCUUAGAAAGAGCACAAAUAAUAAUACAUUUUGUGUAUGGUGUCUUCAAAGAUCACCUCACUUAAAACGCGUCCUGGCACUUUGUCAAAUCGGUGUUGUAACGUAUCAUAUUUUUCAUAGCAACAGUCAUUUAUUUUAUGACCUUGAUCAGUUCCACUUUCAUGUAUAGAUUGCCAGGAUUAAAAUUCAGAUCAUUACGAAACAGACACAUUAAGUAGUACCAAGUGCAUUGACACCAGCAUAGGCGACACAAGUCUGCAUCGGACGUCCGAAAAUAAACAGUCAAAAUUACAACUUUAAAAGAAAGGAAAUAACCAUUUUAUUCAGUCAAAUUAAUAUUAAGGUGACACGUAAUGUUUUCUUAAUCACUUACGAUUACGACAGAGUACACAUUUGAAAUGAAACGAUCUGUAAGUGAAUUAAAGAAUUAUCCCUAAGGAGUAAAAAAGUAUGUUGAAAACUACAGCCUGAGGGCUGAAAUUAUCUUUAACUAUUGUAUUGCAUUGUAUGUAUGGAAUAUUUAGCUUUCGAUUGCAUUGUAUGUAUGGACAUACCAUUGAACAGUCUAUUUGUGUAUGUGUUGGUCAGGCACGCCGACGCUUAAUAAAAUCUAUGAGAAGAUCCUUUGACGGUAUAAAUUAUAGCAGACACGGUUUGAUUGAGUGACCUACGUUGUGUUUAGGAAUUGUUGUUAACUGGCUAUUGCUAUGAGUUGAGUCUUUGAAUGACUCGAUUAGAAGGAAACCAGAUCAACCUAUCUAUAAAGACCACCAUUUGGAGAACCAAAAUGUGGUCUUUAUUGGGAGGCGGUCUUUAUUCACAGGUUAAAAUACACAGUAAAUGUUAAAAUGGGAAACAAAACAUGUGGUCUUUAGAACCAGGUGGUCUCUGUUCAGAGGUGGUCUUUAACACAGGUUUGACUGUAUGCAAACUGAUGAUUAAGCUUCCUCAUUUUGUCAAAAUCGGCCUAAAAUGUAUAAAUGCUGGUUCAAUCUUCAUCACAUUAGUGUAAUUUUAUGACAUAAUUCAGUUUAUGUUAUAUUUGAGUAUAACUUUAUUCAGUAUGUUUCCAUGACAUGUUAUGUUGAUACAGUCGCACGUGUUUAAUUAUUGUCUAUGUGAGUCAAUGAAACUGAAACUGUUACUCUU